CGUUGAUGUUUUCAUAAAUAUCAUACAUAAAUUGUUUGUAACAUUAUAUUUCUUCUUUGUUUUCCUAAAUUAAGUUAUUUUAUGUAAACACAUUUGUUGAUAGUUUUAGUUAUAAAUUUCAACGUAAGAUGGCGCUGCAAUGCACUAAGUCAACUUAAAUUCACGUUGAGUUGAGACUUGUUAGAACUUGUUUGUUUAGUCAGUGAAUAUCGGACACCUGCGACGACGUGAGAUAAUUUCGCGUGCGGUAUCGACGCGGAUCGCUUGUAAAUAAAUAAAUCAACACAACAUGCACCGAUAUUGUGUUUAAAUUUACAACAGAACAAACAAUUCAUUAUUUAUUAACGGCAUAAAAAUCAAAACGCGAACAAACAGUGAGAAAUAAAUCAUAUUUGUUUUAAAAUACAAAGUGAACACAAACAAUAUGAAAUCGAAAGGUGUUUUUAUCAGCACAUUGUGCAAAGAAUCUUUGAGUGUUAUUUUAUUACCGUCUCGUGUUUUUGGACUAUCUCCAUUCGCAAUUAUCGAAUAUGGCGAUUCGCGAGUUUACAAAAUCAACUUCUGCGGCUUCUACGCUUUAUACAGCUGCUUUAUUGGGUUUCUCAUACCUACAAUAAUUCUAACUGGAUUAGUCCUUGAAGGACUAAACCAUCAGUAUUCGCUUGAUCCAGCAAUCUCGAUAAAUCAAUAUGUGCUUUACUUGGAUGUUGCGCCAAUUGGUCUUUGUGUAUUCAUCGGUAUUGCUAGUUUAAUGCUUCGUCGAAAUGCAUUCUUGGAUUUAAUGCGUGAUUUUACCAAAAUUGAUGGAAUAUUAAACUUAAAAAACGCGUCGACACUUCGUAGUCAUGCAAUCAGACAAAUUGUAUUCAUGUUUAUAGUUUUAUCAAUUUUAAUCAUCUACAGUUCAUACAUUUGGUAUUUUGUUGAGCCGCCAUUUAUUGAAGGAACAUUUUCAUAUUUUUACUACGCUGCGUUGAGUUUUGGCAAUGUAUCAACAGUAAUAAUUAUAUUACAAUAUUACGUCGUCAAUGAUAGUGUAAGAUUUCGUGUGAAAUCUUUAUCGCGUCGACUGGACGUAGAUAACUUGGUGAUAUCAGGCAAUAACAACGAUGCACUCGUAAAAAGAUCUAGAAAGAAACAACUUCAUGCGAUUUGUUUACUAUCCGACGAAUAUAUUGAAUCUCACGUCGCAGCAGGUAAAAAUAAUCCGAAUUCAUCCGGGAGAUGUCUCCUAACUUCACAAUACUUGAAUAAUAUGUUGGAUGUUUACGAAAACGUGCAAGAUUCGAUGAGGAAUAUUUGUUUUGUUUAUGGACCUGGCAUUUUGGUUAUUAUGAUGGUGAUAGUUUUAAACUUUAUAAUCUCAUCGUAUUUUGUGAUUAUUUAUUUAUUGACGAAUGUGCAAAUGGCGCGUGUAUUCAAAGAGUUAAUAUGGACAGUUUAUCAUCUUAUAAGAUUAAUUAUGAUUGUUGAGCCUUCGCAUAGAUUGAGUGCUGAAAUUGAAGUGAUUCGUUUGAAAAUUUGUAAAUUAAUGAUGCACGAAGCUGAAAGUGAUGCAGAAACACAAAUUGAGACGUUUUCAAACAAAUUGUUGCUUGCACCUUCGUCGUUUUUCUCUCCGUGCAACAUGUUUGACGUCAAUCGAUCACUUUUAACAACUGUGAGUACAAGUUUUUAA